CAGUGUGACCUCCAGGGGGCAGAAGGUGAAAACACAUGUGAACUUACACAACCUUUUACCGAACCCCGACGGCGAGUUUUGUAACAAGUUGCUUCCCCUCUUCGUGGUGCUCCUGCCUCGCUGAAGGAACGGCUUGUGACGUCACGGAGACGACGAUGAAGUCCUUCGCCCGCUUCUCCUCGUCUGUCAGGGCGGCUCGUCGGCCCCCCUCCCCAAGUUUCCCCCCCAAUCGGGCUCUCGACCUCUGCGCUCCGUCCGGUGCGGACUUUACUGCCGGCAGAACUGUCGUUGCGCGACAGCCGCGCGUAACCGCCGUGCGUACUUUUCACCACGCGCCCGUUGCCGCAGCGGCGGUCCAGGUGGCCCCGCCGGUCACAACCGAGGCCGAACCGAACGUGUACCGGGCACACCUGUCCCCGUACGCCCCGUACAUCAGGCAGCGGAGCAGCGGCGCCGCGCUAGUCCACCUCCAGACUAUGAUGGAAGGGGACGUGAUCCCCGAGCUGUGCUCCGGGCUGGCGCACUUCCCCGGCGACGAGAGGGCGGACGGACUCGCCACUUUGCUCGGGGCGUGCGCCGAGUGGGGCCUGGAGGCCCGCAGCCCUCUGGUCGUCCGGCUGAUCAACGGGUGUCUGGAGCUCCUCUCCGGCGGGGGCGUCCGGGUGUCACCGCUGUGCCACCUGGGCGAGGUGGCGCGCGCCCUGGAGGGCCGCCGGUCGGCCCUGGUGACGCAGGUCCUGGCCUCUCUCUGCGGGGCCGUGCGAGAGGACGGCGCCUCGCCGAGCGAGGCCGUCAGGAUCUACUCCCUGCUGGCUCAGUGUCACGACCCCGCCAGCCGGCGGCACAAGGUCCUGCUGUCCGCUCUGCACCGGAGCACACGCAGGCAGGUCCACGGGCUCAACGCCAGCCAAGUCAGCGAUGUCCUGCAGUCCCUGUCCCAGUUGCAGCAGAGGCAGGCCGUCUCCCUGGUGCUGAGGCUGAGUCGCAGGGCGUCGCAGGUCCUGAAAGCUUUCAGCGAUGCUGAGUUGACCCAGGUGCUGUCGGCGCUGAUGAUGCUGGGCCAUCACAGCGAAGAGCUCCUGUACGCGGUGGAGGAACACCUUCCAGGGAGGCUGGGGAAGUGCGACCCGGAGCUGAUCAGCACCGUCGUGGAGUACUGUCUGCGAGCGAGGCGUCGCUCUGAGCCGAUCUUCGAGGCCGUGGCUGAGAACUUUGUUGACAAUGCUGAGACGCACACCUCCCUUCAGAUUGCCAAACAAAUUGUCUCCAUGGGAAGGCUCAACUAUCUGCCACAGUGCUCCAGUGAGAUGUUUAGAACGUUGGAGAGCAUUUUGUCAGCGAGGUUCGCACAGUUCCCGCCUCGCUCCCUGCUAGAGGUGUUGCACGCCUGCAUCCACCUGGAGCGCUUCCCACUCAACCACAUGGCCAAAGUCUUCAGCCCGCACUUCCUGCAGCGGCUGCGAGCGCAGGGGGAGCCAUUGGACAACAACGCACUGGGUCAGCUGACGCAGCUCCACCUCUCAUCCUCAUUAGAGUGCUCCUACUACUGGGGUCCCAGGUUGCCUUUCUUCCUCCACGUGAAGAACUUUUCCUCUGUGGACCAGGCCUUUGAGACGCCUAUGGAGAGUCGCCUCUACAACCAGGUCAAAGGGCCACUCGCAGAGAUGCUGGGGGGAAGGUUUUACAACACCAGAGUCUUUACUCGCAGUGGCUACACAAUAGAUGUGGAGAUAUGUCUGGAUGAGGAUGGAUACGUUCUGCCUCCGGCUCAGUGGGAUCACACUUACAAGAGGAUGGCCCUGUGCUUGGAUGGUGAAAAGCGGUUCUGUAGCAAAACACAGCACCUGCUGGGGAAGGAAGCCACUAAGAGGAGGCACCUGCGCAGGGUGGGCUAUGAGCUGGUGCAGAUCCCUUUCUUUGAAUUUGAGGAGCUGAGAACUCUGGAGGAACAGGUGCAAUAUCUUCACGACAAGAUCUUUCCCACCAUCUUAAAGUUCAAUCACUGACCUUUAGUUUGCCUGAAAAGUUCAAUGUUGCUGUAGCUUCAUAAGCUUAUUUUACAGGCACAUACAAUAAAGAUGUAAUGACACUGUUACACAAACUUUGCCACUGAUUUAAGGGAGCAAAGAUUAUGAAAAUAAUAGUGCCCAUUUUUGUAUUUUAAUAUUUUAAAUGGACAUUUUGACUAUUUAUGUGAUCAAUGUGAACACAAAACAAGAUCCAACAAGAUACUAGAGAUGUUUGAAAUGAAAUGUACAAAUAUGCUUUAAGUAUAAGAUACACCAUAAACUGCCUUAAAUCUAUUAUCCUUGUACUGGUGAGUGAUUCAGUAAAUCCUGAAAAACAGAAAAGUUAAUUUUACUUUGGAUCUUUUGAAAAAAGAUAUAUUCUAGGUUUAAAAACAUCUAUUAAGAAAUACUGU